UUCCCAUUCUGAAUGCGGCCCGUCGGCUAACAACCCAGUUCAUACGUGAUUUGGGUUGAUUUGUGUACGGAUGCAACGGAGUUAUACCGCGGCUCAGAGUGAGGAAGGCAUCAACGAGCAUGAAGAUUUCGGUUUGAUUCUAUUGGAUUGUGUCACGUUAAAGUCAUUUGCAAGUGGAUUGGUUCCGAUCAGUUCUAUUGAGUGAUCGUGAUCGGAUAGUUUGUUGUGUUGUUCGAUUCGCUGCGAAAGAGUUGAAUGACCAGGAUGAUGAAGUUGUAUAUGUUUCUAUCUAUUCUGUUAUCUUCAUUCGACUUCGGAUACGUGGCCCCAGCUUUCGGUGAUGCCUUUCACGUUGGUACCGAGGAGAGGUUUGAUUUUUCCAACACAGUUUUGGUAGGAAAUGCAAAAAAUGCCUCUGUUUCCUUUGGGUACCGAAUUCAGGCCGUCAUUAUCGUAGGAUCGGUAUGGGGAGACGAAGAGACUAAACUUUUGAAAAUUCAGAUUCAAAAUCCUACCCUCGUGAGUGUUCCCGAUGGAAACGUUGGAACGACAGGUGGAAUGGAAUCUCCGUUCUAUGCGUGGUGGAACUUGGGCCGAAUUAGAGAGAUCUAUUUUGCACCAUCAGAUACGGUGCCGGCAAGAAAUAUGAAGAAGGGCAUCGCUGCACUAUUCCAAUAUCAGCUGUUAGAUGGAACGUACACUGAGGAAGAUCCAUCUGGCAGGUGUGAAGCAAAGUACAUAUCGCACUCCUCCACACGGUACCACAAGUCCAAGGGAAACUGUCAAUAUGAUGAAAAACGGCUAGAAAGGACCGAAUAUGCUUUGCGCAGUAGUCUGAAGACUUCUCGGAAUACGGACUUUACCGUAUCUACUGAGGGCGCAUUACAAAAAGUGAGGAGCCAAGACUAUGUGAAAUAUUUGCUUAACGCACACGAUCAAUUGGGAGCCUACUACGAAUCAAUCAUGGUGCUGAACGUGCAUGGAAGCGCCCAGAAAGCAACAACAGCGGAAGGAUCAAGCAUUGAGACGAUUGUUAAACAGCUGGCCUUGGAAGGAGAAACGCUGUUGACGCAAGAGUUCGAAACACCGUGCAAAGAUAGCCAUUGCGAGAGCAUUAUCAGUCUAUUUAAACGGUACAAAGCAUCUCUUGCUAAUGAAAAUGUCGGUAAACAAGCAUCUGCUACUGCACUGGUUGAUAUGGUUGAGGUUGCGCGCCAUGCCAAGAAAGAGGAUUUGCUGCGUCUGCUCAAGGCAAAGUCAUCGAACGAAAUUAAAGGGCAACUGCUAGAUCUUCUUGCUGCGGUACAAACGGUAGACUCGCACGAAGCGGCAAAAACAGAAUUGGAUGGUUCUGAUGACGAUAAGAUGUUUCUGGGCGAACGCUACCUGCAAGCACUGGCCGUUGGCACAAGGCCGCGGAAGCAAAUCAUUGAAGAUCUUUUGCAACUGGCCCAGAACGAGCAUAGGAAUGUGAAAUUUUUCGACAGUCUCAUCCAGAGUUUGGCAGCCGUAACGCGCCGAUAUGCUCAGCUGCAAGGAAAUUCGUAUGAAACCGGUAUUGUAAAAAAAGUGACCGCAUUAUUGCAAGAAAGGCUGAAGGAAUGUGCAAACGAUUUUUGUAAGCUGAAGUAUAUACGUGGACUACAAAACCUCAGAUGUCCCGGAACGGUUGAUGAUCUGUUGGAGCUCGCACAGGGCUCAUCUAAGGCGGUUGGUGUAGCAGCAAUGAAAGCUUUGCGAUCGUUCUCUGUCUACCUGUGGAAUGACGAGUUCAGAGCUAGGUUUGAGGAUAUUUUCUUCCAGGUGUCCAAACGGUACGAUUCCAGCGCACGAACAUUGGCGCUAGACAUUUUGUUGGAUUUGAAACCCGAUCGCGAAGAACUGACGCACUUAAUGCAGUUUUUGAAAUCCAGUGACAAGGCGUAUGAAGUGAAGCAAUAUUUGCUACAAAAGCUUCGGAUGAUCGCAGACCAAUGUUCCGAAUUUGGCACGAUGCUGAAGAGCAUUAUCGAAAGUGAUCCAGUGCUGAAUAACUACCACGUGCUCGUUCCCAGAGGGCUGUCCACAGCGUUGAGUCGUAAAUUUUCGACGGCUCCCUCUUUUAACGCGUCUCUCACGAGUUUGCAAGAGAUGAGCGGUGGUGUUUUGAAGCGGGGCAUCGUUGAUUUAACGCUAGACGUAGAUGAUGAAAAAACGAGCCUACUUACCCUUGGACUGUAUGCCGGUGGUAUGUCAUCGUUCGUUAGCACUAACGAUGCCGAUGCAAACGAAAAUCCCGACGAAGAGGAAGACACGACGGCGGGAAUGGAGCUAUCGGUACAGGGUAUAGCAAUGAGGCCGUUGGAAUUUUUCAACGGUAAGGGUGAAUUGAUGGGACACGUUUGGAGCGGAACAGCAUCCGAGCCUACACCGGCUUACCAAGGAAUCACGUUGUUGCAGGACAACGGAAGAACGAUUUCCAUCUCAAACGGUGUAACGUUAGCGCUCAGCGCUACCGGCGCUGUAUCGAUCGAUCUCAACGGACAGGUUACUAUGAGCCUUUGGGGUCGUAAUGCACAGUCCAAAGUGGAGCAAAACUGUGGCAUAAGCAUGACCGGCCGGCUAUCAUUCGAUACGUCCUUCUCGGCAGUGGAUGUUCGGUUCAGCGUGGAACACGAGCCCCAACUGCAUUUGACGUCGGCUCUAGACUUUUCUGGAGAUCCAGCUCUGUGCAUGCAGCUAGUACAACCGAAGAGUUCGCUCAAACAACGUUUUGUGCGAACGAUCAAAUUAGUGGGAACAGAGCACCGGGCGUCACGCAAAACCACCAAAACUGUAAAUUUGAACGGAUUAACGCAUGUGCUCAAUAGGAAAAACAAUGAAAUGUGCAAUCUUAUAUCAAAAAGCUGAUAUAACUCUGGCCAUCAAUGAUCCAUGACGUAUUGGAAUGGUAGAAAGAGAAUCUUUCCUUUACAAAAACACCUCAGAAUGUUCAAACUAGUACAACUCGAAAGACCAGUAACUAAUGAAAAUCAUUCCAAUAUCUUUUUUUUCAUAAAUCUGACAAUAAUAAGCUAUUGUGAAAGAUUUAUUAUAGUUUUUGUGCAAUUAUAAUUAUAAAUAAACCAACUAUGUAACUGAAAUAAGAACGAGAUAGCA